AAGUUAGCUAACCCCAACCACAAACAAAACACCAACAGUACUUGCCACAAUUAUCUCUGCUUUGAAUUCCUCCUGUCACCAUGCCGUCCUACAAACUCACCUACUUUGAGCUACAGGGUGGUCGAGGAGAGAGUAUUCGCCUCGCGUUUCAUUGCGGCGGCAUCCCGUUCACCGACGAGCGCCUGACUAGUGAGCAGCUCGCCAAGAUCAAGGAUAGCUGUCCGUUCGGUCAAGUGCCCGUCCUGACGGUCGAUGACAAGACCGUGAUCCCUCAAGAGGGAGCGAUCUUACGUUACGUUGGCCGACUGUCUGGGACUUAUUCGGACGAUAGAGAGAAGGCUGUGAAGCAAGAUAUCAUGUUGAACUUUGGCGAUGACAUCUACUCUAUCGCGGCUACGUUUUUUGCGCAGGACCACCCGGGAAAGGAGGAGUUGAAGAAAAGGAGCGUUGAUGAGCGCAUCCCCAAGACUCUCGGUCAUCUUGACAAGUACCUUUCCAACCAAGGGACGACCUUCAGCGCUGGAAACGAUCUGAGCAUCGCAGAUUUCAAACUCUAUGCGGCACUCAUGCUUAUCAAAUCUGGUAUGCUUCAAGGCUUAUCCCUCGAUAUCGUCGACAAGUACACCCACGUCGCAAAACUCUACCAAGCGAUCGAAAAGCAUGAAAAGGUCGCUAGUUGGUACAAGAGUCGGGCUCAGUAGGCUCUUGGAAUCAACGAUGGGUCUUUACUUUACAGAUAUCGGUAUUGUACCGUUACAGUAUUUUUUUUGACUCAAUAAACCUACGGGUUUUACCGCAAUCCGUAUCGGAUUUUUCUUUACGAUAUCCCAGUUUGUGGUUUUUGUUUUAUUUGCUUUCGAUACGAUAACUGAGAUAUGGGGAUUUUUUUCUGUUACUGAGCAAAUGGACCCAUGAGCAAUAACAAAGACGG